AUGGCGAAAAGAAAGUCUGAAGAGCCUCUGGAGAGUCACGUUGAGGGCUUCUCUCCGCCUCCUCCCAGCAAGAAGGUGCGCAUUGAAGACGUCCCAGAGGAAAGCACGAUCACUGCCAUUGGCACAUCUGACGAUGAGCCUAGGCCGCAGAGGACGAGAUUGAACGGUGCUGAUGGUGCGAAUGCGCCGAUGCGAGAUGACCAUGACCAAAAUUCGGCAGAUGACGAUGACGAUGCGCCACCAAUAGCUCCUCUCAGGCAAAGCGCGCCCACCGAAGGCUACAACGACUUGUACCUAGACACAGUCAACCGUUCCCUCCUCGAUUUCGAUUUCGAAAAGCUGUGUUCCGUUACACUCUCAAACAUCAAUGUCUAUGCAUGUUUAGUGUGUGGAAAGUACUUUCAAGGACGAGGCCCAAAGUCCAUUGCAUACUUUCAUGCACUCGAAGUUGAUCACCACGUCUAUAUCAGCUUGGAAACACAAAAGGUUUAUGUGCUGCCGGAAGGCUAUGAGGUACACAACAAGAGCUUGGACGAUAUCAAAUAUGUGGCCGAUCCAAGAUUCACCGAAGAUGAUGUGAAGAAGCUGGACAAAGAAGUCAAGGAAUGCACAGAUCUAGGGAAUAAGAGAUACCGUCCAGGCUUCAUGGGCAUGAACAAUAUCAAGGCCAACGAUUACCUUAAUGUUGUGGUACAAACCCUUGCACAUAUCGCGCCUCUACGGAAUUUCUUUCUCCUUCACAGAUUUCCGCUGACAACGCCACAAUUACCUGUCAGAACGAGCACAUUGAUACGCAAGCUGUGGAAUUCAAGAGCCUUCCGAUCUCAUGUCUCACCGCAUGAGCUACUGCAGGAGAUCGCGCUGCGAUCAUCUAAGAGGUUCACAUUAACCCACCAGUCGGACCCUGUGGAAUUUCUCUCAUGGUUUCUGAACAACUUGCAUCUUGCUUUGGGGGGAUCGAAGACGAAGCCUCUUUCAUCCAUCAUUCAGAGGACUUUUCAAGGGAAGCUGAGAGUGGAAUCGCAGGCAAUUACCGCAAAAUCAGACACCACUGGUGAUCGUCUGAGAUUUGAGGAGUCUUCAAACAUCACAACCAAUGUGUCGCCAUAUUUAAUACUCACACUCGACCUACCCCCAGUUCCCCUAUUCCGUGACGCCGUGGAAUCGAAAAAUAUAAUUCCUCAAGUACCCUUGACCUCAUUACUGCAAAAGUACAAUGGCAUCAGUGCGUCUGAGAAACAAGCCCAUCGAAUUCGACACCGACUUUUGCAUCCUUUGCCUCCAUACCUUUUCUUCCACAUCAAGCGAUUCUCAGUCAACAAAUUCGUCUCCGAACGAAACCCGACCAUUGUAACAUUCCCGUCGCCUCGAGGACUGGACAUGUCGCCAUAUGUGGAGCCAAACCCAGCCCUCCAUCCGCCAGGCGAGCCCAUUCACUACGAAAUGGUCGCAAAUAUCAUUUUGGACACAACAUCUGUCUCUACUGGUGGUGGCGAAGAUUCGAAUGCCGCAGAUGCAGCAAACAAAGCUGUGGGAGGCGACGGGCAGAAAUUCGCCUGGAAAGUCCAGCUUCGAGAUAAAGCCGCGGCAGUUUCUCAGAAAUCCAAUGUGCCAGAGUGGCUGGAGAUCCAAGAUCUUUGGGUCGAACGCGCUGAAGCCGAGACACUCUUUACAAGGGAAGGUUAUCUCAUGGUAUGGGAGCGUAAAAGAGAAAAGCCGAAGGCUACGAAUGGUACGCAGAAGGGCAAGGCUAGGGCAUGA